AUGGGACCUCCGGCCCCAGAACGAGUGUUCUCAGUACCACUGCCCAGGAAGGCCCCUCUCAGUACUCCUGGCACCCCAGUCCUUGAAGACUUCCCUCAGAAUGAUGAUGAAAAGGAGCGAAUGCAGCGGAGGCGCUCCAGGGUCUUUGACCUGCAGUUCAGCACAGACUCGCCUCAUCGGUUAGCCUCUCCCUCCAGCAGGAGUGUUGAUGUGUCGGCUACCAUCUCUAAGUUUACAAACACACAGAUUACAGAGCAUUACUCCACAUGUAUCAAACUGUCCACUGAAAAUAAAAUUACCACCAAGAAUGCUUUUGGCUUGCACUUGAUCGAUUUUAUGUCAGAGAUUCUUAAACAGAAGGACACAGAACCAACUAACUUUAAAGUGGCUGCAGGCACCCUGGAUGCCAGCACCAAGAUUUAUGCUGUACGUGUGGAUGCCGUCCAUGCUGAUGUAUACAGAGUACUUGGGGGGCUGGGCAAAGAUGCACCAUCUCCAGAAGUGGAGGGCCAUGGUGCAGAUGGAAGUGCUACCGAAACAGGAACAACCAAAAAGGCUCCAAAGCCAAAGAAGAAGCAUUCAUACAAAACCAUCGAACAGAAUAUAAAUAACCUCAAUGUCUCCGAAGCAGAGAGAAAGUGUGAGGUUGAUCCCAUGUUUCAGAAAACUGCGGCCUCAUUUGAUGAGUGCAGCACAGCAGGGGUAUUUCUCUCCACCCUCCACUGCCAGGACUAUAGAAGUGAGCUGCUUUUUCCUUCCGAUGUCCAGACCCUCUCCACCGGAGAACCUCUCAAGUUGCCAGAUUUAGGUUGGGUAGAAAUGUCGGAUUUAAAAGCACCCUUGCAGCAGUGUGUGGAAGAUCGCCAGCUCUGCCCUUCCCUGGCUGGGUUCCAGUUUACUAAAUGGGACAGUGAAACACAUAAUGAGUCUGUGUCAGCCCUGGUAGACAAGUUUAAGAAGAAUGAUCAGGUAUUUGACAUUGACGCUGAUGUUGAGAAUGACUGCAGGGACUUUCCAGAUGGGCCACUGGAGGAUGACUUUGAUGCCAGUGAUGAACCAGACCACUCUGCAGCUGGGGAUCAUGAAGAGCUCCGGAGCUGGAAGGAGCCCUGCCAAUUUCAUGUGCAUUACAGGAAAGAAAUGAUUUCUCUUGGGGAUGGAGACAUUGGGACCAUGUGCCCCCUUCUGUCCAUGAAACCUGGAGAAUAUUCCUAUUUCAGUCCCCGGACCAUGAAGAUGUGGGCUGGCCCAGAUCACUGGCACUUUAGGCCUCAACAGAAGCAAGAUGCUACCUCCCAAUCAGAGAACAAGAAGAAGAGUGCAAAGAAAGACUUUGAAAUUAACUUUGAUGAUGAUAUUGACUUUGAUGUAUAUUUUCAGAAAACAAAGGCUGCUACUGUUCUCACUAAGUCUACUUUGGAGAGCCAGAAUUGGAGAGCCACCACUCUUCCUACAGAUUUCCACUAUGAGAUCGAUACUCUUGUAGAGCUUCAUCUCAAACCAGGCUUAAGGUUUCUUAAGAUGGCCCAAGGCCAGAAAGCAGAGACUGAGCAUUAUGAAGAAAUUGAAGACUAUGACUACAACAACCCUAAUGACACCUCCAAUUUUUGCCCUGGACUACAGGCUGCUGACAGUGAUUAUGAAGAGUCGGACAAUUUAUUUGUGGGACCAGUUGAAACCUUUGAUCUCACAUCUGAUCCUUGCCAUUCACCUAAGACAGCACAGGAAAAUGGUGACACUCCUGAAAACCAAGAAACAGAUAUUACAACAUAUGGGGAGUCAAACCUGGUAGCUGAACCUCAUAAGGUAAAUAAAAUUGAAAUUCAUUAUGCCAAAACUGCCAAAAAGAUGGACAUGAAGAAGUUGAAGCAGAGUAUGUGGAGUUUGCUGACAGAGUUCUCCAAAAAAGACCCAGGUGCAGAGGCAGACCACAGUGAAAAUGGAAAACAAGUGGCCCCAGAAGAGGCAGCUGAUGAGAAGAUGCUCAGCGCACUCACAAAGGACCUGCAGAAGAGCCUGCCACCGCUCAUGGCUCAGAACCUCUCUAUACCUCUGGCUUUUGCCUGUCUCCUGCAUUUAGCUAAUGAAAAGAAUCUGAAGCUGGAAGGAAUGGAGGAUCUUUCAGAUGUUCUUGUGAGGCUGGGAGACUGAAGCUACUGUAAGAAGUUGGCAACAGGAGGCCCAUCUUUCUCAUGGCCAAGACGUCUCCACUCUGGCUGGAAGAAGAUGUAGGGCUUGUAGCAAGGCUGUAGCCACCUGCCCUGGUGUCGGUUGCUCAUCCCUUCUUGCCUUUA